CCAGCGGCGGCGGGAGGCGCGUCUCCCUGGCCCAGUCUGCGCCCGGCCCCGCGGGGCCGCCCCGGCCCGCUCCGAGGAAAACCUGCAUAGAAAAUCUAAUGGAUGAAGAUGAGAAAGACAGGGCCAAGAGAGCUUCUCGAAACAAGUCUGAGAAGAAGCGUCGGGACCAGUUCAAUGUUCUCAUCAAAGAGCUUAGCUCCAUGCUCCCUGGCAACACGCGAAAAAUGGACAAAACCACCGUGCUGGAAAAGGUCAUUGGAUUUUUGCAGAAACACAAUGAAGUCUCAGCGCAGACGGAGAUCUGUGACAUUCAGCAGGACUGGAAGCCUUCAUUCCUCAGUAAUGAAGAAUUCACCCAGCUGAUGUUGGAGGCAUUAGAUGGCUUCAUUAUUGCAGUGACCACAGACGGCAGCAUCAUCUAUGUUUCUGACAGUAUCACGCCUCUCCUUGGGCAUUUACCGUCGGAUGUCAUGGAUCAGAAUUUGUUAAAUUUCCUUCCAGAACAAGAACAUUCAGAAGUUUAUAAAAUGCUUUCUUCCCAUAUGCUUGUGACGGAUUCCCCCUCCCCAGAAUACUUAAAAUCUGACAACGAUUUAGAGUUUUAUUGCCAUCUUCUCAGAGGCAGCUUGAACCCAAAGGAAUUUCCAACUUAUGAAUACAUAAAAUUUGUAGGAAACUUUCGCUCUUACAACAAUGUGCCUAGCCCCUCUUGUAAUGGCUUUGACAACGCCCUUUCAAGACCUUGCCAGGUGCCACUAGGAAAGGAGGUCUGCUUCAUUGCCACCGUUCGUCUGGCGACCCCACAAUUCUUGAAGGAAAUGUGCAUAGUUGACGAACCUUUAGAGGAAUUCACUUCAAGGCACAGCUUGGAAUGGAAAUUUUUAUUUCUGGAUCACAGGGCCCCUCCAAUCAUAGGAUACCUGCCUUUUGAAGUGCUGGGAACCUCGGGCUACGACUACUACCACAUCGACGACCUGGAGCUCCUGGCCAGGUGCCACCAGCACCUGAUGCAGUUUGGCAAAGGGAAGUCAUGUUGUUACCGGUUUCUGACCAAGGGGCAGCAGUGGAUCUGGCUGCAGACCCACUACUACAUCACCUACCAUCAGUGGAACUCCAAGCCCGAGUUCAUCGUGUGCACGCACUCGGUGGUCAGCUACGCGGACGUCCGGGAGGAAAGGAGGCAGGAGCUGGCUUUGGAAGACCCGCCGUCCGAGGCCAUCCGCCCCUCAGCACUGAAGGACAAGGGCUCAAGCCUGGACCCCCAGCAGCACUUUAACACAGUUGACGUGGGCGCCUCGGGCCUCGACACCAGCCAUUCACCAUCAGGGUCCUCAAGAAGUUCCCACAAGUCCUCACACACAGCUGUGUCAGAACCCACCUCCACUCCCAGCAAGAGGAUGUCAGAGGCCAGCACCACGGCUUUGCCACGAUCGGCCACCCUCCCCCAGGAGUUACCAGUGCCCGGGAUCAGCCAGGCAACCACGAUGCCAGCUCCUCUGCCCUCCCCGUCGUCCUGUGACCUCGCACAGCAGCUCCUGCCUCAGACCCUUUUGCAGAGCCCACCUGCUCCCAUGGCACAGUUUUCAGCACAGUUCAGCAUGUUCCAGACCAUCAAAGACCAGCUGGAGCAGCGGACGCGGAUCCUGCAGGCCAACAUCCGGUGGCAGCAGGAAGAGCUCCACAAGAUCCAGGAGCAGCUCUGCCUGGUUCAGGACUCCAAUGUCCAGAUGUUUCUGCAGCAGCCAGCUGUAUCCCUGAGCUUCAGCAGCACCCAGCGGCCCGAGGCACCGGAGCAGCUACAGCAAAGGUCAGCCACGACAUCCCAGCCCCAGCUUGUGGCGAGCCCUCAACUUCCAGGGCAGGUCACAAACCAGCACCUGCUCAGAGAAUCAAGCGUGAUAUCAACCCAGGGUCCGAAGCCGAUGAGAAGCUCGCAGCUGCUGCAGGGGAGCGGCCGCUCAGUGAGCAGCUUGACGUCCCAGUUCAGCAGUGCCACGGCCGUGCUUCCGCCAGGUCUGACCCUGCCCACACCUGCUCCCGCCUCCCAGGAUGCCAGCCAGUGCCAGCCCAGCCCGGACUUCAGCCAUGAUCGGCAGCUCCGGUUACUGCUGAGUCAGCCCAUCCAGCCCAUGAUGCCGGGGUCCUGUGACGGGAGGCAGCCCUCAGAGGUCGGCAGGACUGGACGGCCGGUCAAGUAUGCACAGAGCCAGGUGGUGUUUCAAAAUCCAGAUGUGUACCCCUCCAGCAGCAGCGCCUCGACCCCCGUCCUGCUGAUGGGCCAGGCAGUGCUCCACCCCAGCUUCCCUGCCUCCCACCCAUCGCCCCUGCAGCCCACCCAGGCCCCGCAGCAGCCGCCACAGCGCUACCUGCAGGUGCAGGUGCCAACCUCUUUGCACAGCGAGCAGCAGGAUGCACUACUUCUCUCCACCUAUUCACAACCGCCAGGGACCCUAAGUUAUCCCCCGCUGUCCGCAGUGCAGCCCCAGCCCCCACGGCCACCCCGAAGGGUCAGCAGUCUGUCUGAGUCAUCAGGCCUCCAGCAGCCGCCCCGGUAGUGCCCUGGCACAGAAGAUGGGACACAAUCAGCUUUAACCAUUGGACGAGGGUGGGUGGCCACAGGAGAUGGGGGGAGGAGUUUGAGCAAAAGCCUUGGCUUUGUGCACACUGCAUACAUUUCAGAACACAUGGAUGGUAACCAUCUCCAGAGUGCAGGGGCUGGCACAGAGAGAAAUGAUCAGGAAUACUGGCUGGCUUUCCCUUGCCUCUGAGGUUCUCGGGCACACUCUACAGCCAUACUGCACAGGAACCGAGUGUCCCGUGUAGGUGUCCUUACUCAGUUUACCUGUGGAGAUGGUGCAUCUUGCUGCAUCCCCUGAGACUGCACUGGUUACUCUAGCUGACCAUGGCCUGUCCACAUGCUCUAGCUGGCCUUCACUCUCUUGAUCGUCUUUCCUUUGCUUUCCAGAAGGACUGGGUCAGAGAUCUGUUGGAGAGAGAGAAUAAAGAGAUUAUUUUUCAUUAUUUUUAAAUGGUUGUUUUUGUUUUAAUUUGCACAGCUGCACAGAGGAAAUAACUUAGGCACUUUCUGUUCUUAAAAAAUAAUAAGGUCUCAUGACUUGGUUUGCAGACCACACUAACAAAAACAGCCCACCAAUCAGAUAGCGAGGCUGGUGGUUAUUAACCAAGCUGCAAGUCCGCACCCUCUGGCCUAAACCUUAGUGGAAUGAGGCUCUUCACCCCAUGCUGUGCUGGUGGUGAUUUUUUUCCCCCCUAAAUAUAACACUGGACUAUUUCCUGUUUACUUUGUUGAUUGCAACUACAGAGGUGGACUUAAAGCAAAGCACAAUCAUGUGGCUGAUAUUCCAGAAUUCCAUUGAGAACUCUAAGACUAUGAGGGGAAAGGUUUCACAGCCAGGCAGGCCUGGGGGGCUCCAGUCCCCAAGGAAAUACCCCCACGUGCUGGCCCUUUGAGUGAGAAUGCUGCAUCUUUCUACAUAUCUUUCAUGAUAAUACUGAGGAUUGGAUUUUCCUUUUCAAAAUGCACUUUGCUUUUUUUGUAUGUUUUGUUAUGUUGAAAUGUUUCUAAAGAAAAGAUUUUAUGUAAUUAUCAGACAAAGUGUAGUGAAUUGUACAGCCGUUGUAAUAAUGACCUAUUUCUAUAUAAAAUAAAAUUGUAUGGA